CUCCUUUGGCAAGACGAAACUCUGUCUUCUGGCUCUCCUGCGGUCCUAAAGUGGCCGAAAGCAUCAGAAACAUCAGUAGCUGCUAAAUAAUGGAGUCUCUUAGCUCUGGCAACAUUCCUGAGACUAAAUCACCAACACAGCAUGAAAGUGAAGAUGACAUUGAGUUCAUUGGAGAAGGGCCUUUAAGACCAGUACUUGAAUGCAUUGAUCUUGUAAGUAGUGAAGAUGAAGAACCGAACAGCAGUGCUUAUACUCAUGGAAACGUUAAACGUAAAGAUCACUUUGACUAUCAGAAGGAAAGGGUUACGUCAACCUUGGAUCGUCUGGCACGCCAUGUUGAAGUAGAGAAACAACAGAAAGAAGAGAAGAACAAAGCUUUUAAGGAGAAAGUUGAUUCCCAGUAUGCUCAUGGACUGCAGGAACUAGAAUUUAUUCGGGGACACAGUGACACGGAAGCCGCAAGAUUAUGCGUGGACCAGUGGUUAAAAAUGCCAGGUCUCAAACCAGGCACCGUUAACAGUGGAAGAAGGGGUAUUUAUCAGAGGGCAGGUCAGACACCAGCCAGCAGCAGUCCUAUUUCUUGUCCUGUGAUGAAUUGUAACAGAAAGUUUGAUAAUGGGCAUCUUCUCCUAGGUCACCUGAAAAGGUUUGAUCAUUCUCCAUGUGACCCAACAAUUACAUUACACGGACCUCCAAAUAAUGCUGUUGCCUGUGUGAUAUGCUGCAAAAGAUUUUCAACCUCUCAGCAGUACAGUGAUCAUCUUUUAUCUAAGCUAAAUGAAAAUGAUGGACAUAAAAAAGAUCUCCCUCCUCAGCUUAUUCAGUGUUACGCAUGCCCAAACUGCUUCCUCCUCUUCACUGUAAGAGAUGAAUGCUUGCAUCAUAUGUCUGGAAAGAACCACUUCCUCCAGGUUUUUAAAUUGAGUGAUGAAAUGAAGACUGGCCUUCCUCUUCCUUUUCCAUCUUAUGCAAAGAAACUUCUGGUAUCUCUGUGCAAAGAGGUCCCCUUCCAAGUGAAGUGUAUAUCCUGCUACCAGAUACUACGCUCACAUAUGGAACUAACAGCUCAUUUCAGAACACGUUGUCGUAAUUCUGGCCCCAUGGCACAGUCAAAGAAGAGCAUCUCCCAAGUUGCAGAAAUAUUUAAAACAAAAGGUCACUGUGAGAACUGUGAUAAGCUCUUUGCUGAUGAAGAUCAGAUCAUUCAACAUAAGCAAAGCACUCAACAUAAAAUUAAAGUUAUUUCUACAAUGGAAGAGUCCAUAUUGAUGUUCUGUCAUAUCAAUGAAAAAAAUAAAAAUCCAUCUCAUUUGCGUCAUAUUGUGGAUCGAUCAAGACCACUGCUUAAAAGACCUUUGACUUUGAGUGAAUCCACCAAUGAAAGUGAAUCUACUCCUUCAAAACGGAAGAGUGAUUUUAAAGGUAAAAAAGAAGGUCAGGUAGCAAACCAAAGUCAAGGUAGUGCUUGCAAAGUAAAAGCCUGGUUUUGUGAAUGCCUUCAAAAGUUUCUUACAGAAGAGUCAGUAGAAAAGCACAUUUUAUCAGCAAACAGGAUCUGUCACAAGUGUGCUGUGUGUGGAAAGCUUGCUGAAAAUUCAAGCAUUAUCCGCCUGCAUAUGAGUCGAUUCCAUGGGGGAGCACACUUGACUAACUUUCUUUUCUGGUGCAGAGCAUGCUCUGUAGAUCUCCUCAGAGAAGAGGAUAUUAUGGGACAUGUGACUGAAUUUCAUGGUGGACAUAGUUACUAUUAUGAGCAGGAAGCUCUAGAAGAAGAACCUAUGCCAUCUGCUUCUGGCACAGCGUGCAGUUCCUCAACUGAAAGGAAAGAAAGUAUUCCUACUCCUGUGGAACUCUCCCCUGAAAGGGGCCCUGUUCUGGGAAAAUGGCAAUGCCAUAUUUGUGAGGAAAUGUUUGACACUGAAGACAGUGUUAAACAGCAUUGCAUGUCUUUAGAAAGCCAUGCGUUUCACAGGUAUUGCUGUGGCUUGUGCAAAAACCACUUUAGGAAAGUAGGAACACUACAGCGGCACUGCCAAGAGCAUCAUAACCAGGAGAUACAGAUUAAAUACUUCUGUGGCCUCUGUGGUAAUCUCUUUUUUGACACAGAACAAGAAUUCCUAAUCCAUUAUAAGGAGCUUCAUAGCAUGGACUAUGCAUUUGUGCCUGAGCAAAUGGAAGUAUCAAUAAAAAAAGAAGAUGACUUUCUGCCAGUAGAAAAAGGAGACUACUUAACCUGUGGUUGCCGGACAAAUUAUGUCUCCAGAGUGAACAGGAGGAACGAUUAUGUGAAUUGUCAGAAGGUCAUGCUCCAAAAAGGAAACUUAUGGUUUCGCUGCUGCUUCUGUUCUGCGACUGCACAGAAUUUUGCCGAUUUGAACAGUCAUCUCAAUAGCCACACGUCAGUGAAACGUAACGAAGAGAUGUAUGUUGUUAGAUGUGCUGCAUGCAACAAAAACUUCCAUGAUCUUCAGAGUGCCCAUCAGCACUAUCACAUGAAACACUGCUUCUUGCAGAAACCGGAUAUAUCAAAUCUUGCAUCAGAAUCAGAAAAUACGUUAUUCAAGUUCACGGCCAGUGGAGCUUGUGUGGACAAGAAACCCGACAAACUGAAGCUUCCAGCAUAUCCAUCCAAGGCUCAGGAAAGGCCACAGUCUCCUUCUCUGCAGGGACCAAUACAUGAAAAGAAAGAAAAAAAGGAAAACUCAGCGCACUUUGAAGAACCUAGUGAAGACAGUGAACUUCCUGAUUUUGACUACCUGAGUACCAUGACUCACAUUGUGUUGGUGGAUCUGGACAACUGGGGAAGCUUAUUCACGCAGCUGCCAGCUAACCUGAAUCAAGGGACAUUUAUCUGGGGCUUUCAAGGAGGAUACAGCAACUGGAAACCUCCAGUGCAGUGCAAAAUUUAUAAUUAUCUUAAGAAGAUUGGGUGUUUCUUCCUUCAUCCACGUUGUGGUACCAGAAGAGAAGCAGCAGACUUUGCACUCUGUGUUCAUGCUGGUCGUCUGGAUGAGCACCUGCCCAAGCAAAUUCCUUUCACUGUACUUUCUGGAGACAAAAGCUUUCUAGAACUGGAAGCUCAAUUUAAAAUGACUCAGCGGUCAGCUCGCAUCCUAAAUCCUCAUCACAUCGAAGGAGACAUGAUGUGUGCCUUGCUAAACAGCAUUUCAGAUACCACAAAAGUUUCAGACAGUGAAGAGGAUGAAGAUAUCAAACUGACAGUAAAAAGGAGUUUAGAAGAAACAAAGAAACAGGAAGAGCGAGAUGUAGAAUUAGAAGAAGCUAUCAAGAGGAGCCUUGAGGAAAUGUAAAUGAAGAUACUUCUGUACACUAAUAGCAUGUCAUCAGUGCUGCUUACAAAAGUGGAAGCUUGUUCACCAAUUUACAAAGGUGCAGAAAUACUGCUUCAAAAACGUGUUUAUGUCUUGAAUUGUUAGAUUUCUAAUCUGAUGUUUUCCGUCAUGCUGAUGAACAGCUGGAGUUUAUGCAUAUAUGCUGCAAUAUAUUGUAUAUGAUAAAAAUAAAUUUUUAAGCCUUUGCAUAUUCUGUUUCUAAUGAGCAAUGACUAUGUCUCUCCAGUCUAGCUGUGUAAGUUGUUGCCUAAAAAGUAGACUGGUCUUACAAUGUUUUUUUUUAAUUGGUUCUUGUAUUUAAUUCUUCUGUCACAAAAUGUUAUUGUCUUUUUUUUUUUUGUUACUUUUUUGUGUGGCUGUUCCAGUACUGUAAAAACAGUAAACUCAAAUUAUCUCAGACUGACUUGCCUAGCUAAUCUUGUUAUAAAGAGAAGCUUAGGCCCCAGUUUUACAAACUGAAUACGUGGCCUAAUUCUUGUCCCUGCACAGAAUCUCACCUCAUAGACCCCAGUUUUGUCUAGGGCCUUUUUGUUACAAAUGGCAGAAUUAGGACCUCAGACUGUACGAUUAAUUUCUGUUAACUUUAUUUUUAUAAAUGUGUAUAUUUUUAAUAGGAGUGUGAUACUGUUGGACUAGAUGGCUCACAGUUUGACAGGUUCAGUCCCUCUCCUUAAUCGGUGGCUGGAACAACUUUAUCAGUGAACAGAAGAUAAACAAACUUUCAAGUUCCUCUUUGAAAUAGAUGUGAAAGAAUUUAAGUUGCAUCAUUCUUCUGUGCUGGCUUUUUACUGCCUUCUCUUCAUGGAGAGGUGGCCUUGGAUACCUGAAUGUAGUUCUGUUAAUUAUUUUUGUACUGUCCUUAUUUUUAGGUGAAUGAUUCUUUAAUUUUUUUUCAACUUGUCACCUAUACUACCUUUCUCAAUCCCUUUUUUAAAAAUAACUAUGCAAGCUUUCCAGCUUUACCAGCUUAUUUCACUUCUGUUGACAGUUAUUGUCAGUCAGUAAGAAAUCUCAAUGUAAUAAAAUGUCGGCUUGAUUUUUUUAAUCAUUAGCAUGUGAGUUUGCUUGCAACUGCUGUAAAUGUAAAUAUAUAUUAUGCAAAAAAUGUUCAUUUUUGGAGAGUGAGACAAAGGGAAAGCUAAAUUUUACUGACUCAAUUCCAGAGUCAGAAUAACCAUAGGUGUGUUGUUACGGUUAGAAAUGUUGGAAAACUGUGGCACUGGAUAAUUUCAGAUCAUGCUUGUCAUAUAUUUGCCAUUUCUGAAGUAAAUAAAAUUGAUGACAAAUCUAGUGAGUUACCUCGGAGCUCACUGACAGUCAUACCACUUGAAAGAAGAAACUGUAUGACCCCCAGAAAAUAUUUUUUUUGUUUGUUUGUUUUUUUAAUGCACUGAAAACGUUCAAAGCUCUGAAGCCUAAGUGUUAUAGAAUAAACAGGACCUCAUGAUACUGUUUUUCCGUUGUCUGUGCUGCUUGCUUUCCCAAUAUAAAUCUCAGGUUAGUAACACUCCUGUUCAAAUCUGCCUCUGUAGUACUGUACUGCAGCUGAGGAAGCACCAUUUUAGAAGAGUCUGAGUCACCUUUAGCUAAUGAUACUUGAGCUGACUCAGUUUCAGAAUUUCUCACACUGACUAAAUACAUUCUUCUAGUAAAGGAUGAGAUAUGACAGAAGACAACUUUCAUCCCAAAAAUUUCUCAGUGCAAAUUGUAGUAGCUUUUUGGGCAGGUUUUUUCAGACCAAAUACUAAAGGUUCACAUUCCUUUCAUAUGAAAGCUUGCUUCAGCUUAAGAAGCUUGGUUCAAGACGUAUUUAAGACCUGGGUAUGUAAGCCAUUGAAUCUUCUCCAGAGUCUGCUAUGCUAGAUUUUAAACAUGUGCUUUAUUCCUCAUUUUAUUCUGUUGUAAAGUCUGAUUAUACCUGAUGAGUCAUGACUUAAUUGGUUGCAUUAAAAAAAAAAAAAAAGCCCCAUGUGGACACAUUAUAUAUGUUGCAUUGCCUUCCUCAUCUGCUUCCCAAAGCAAGUAGUAUAAAUCCCAACCACUGACUCUACGGCUUUUAUAAAACAGCUAAAUAAAGUUCUAGUCUCUGUAUUGUUUUUAUGUUAAGAGUAUUCUCCAGAAUUAUCAGUGUAUUGAAAUUGCUUCUGAUUUUUCUGGGUUUCUCUGAAGUUCUCUCACUGUCUGC